AGCAAACACAACGAAAGUAAGGUCCCAUUCCCAUUUCAAUUUCAAAUUUCUUAGUUUUCUGUCUAUAUCCCCACCGCAAAAAGCAUUUUCAUGGCUAAUUGCAACACUUUCACGGCAAUAAUUUUGUUUUUAACGUUAGCAACGGUUGGAAAAACUCAACCUGUUCCCCCUCAACGUCAACCAAUACUACUACAACGAAUUCCAACCCCAACUGGCACCGUCGGGCCUGAGACCAUAAAGUUCGACCGCUCUGGUGCCGGUCCAUAUACCGGCGUUUCUGACGGACGCAUUGUCAGGUGGAAUUCCACCCAAAACCGCUGGAUCAACUUCGCGGUCACGACCCCAAAUCGAACGGGCUGUGAAGGCCCGUUCGACCAUACCCUGACCGAGUCAAGAUGCGGGAGACCAUUGGGUCUGAGUUUCAACCAGAAAACCCGCGAGCUCUACAUGGCGGAUGCAUACUUCGGCCUCCUCAAAGUCGGGCCGAAUGGAGGGGUGGCCCGACAACUCGCAUCAGCAGCCCAAGGGAAACGAUUCGGCUUUACAAACGCCGUCGUGGUUGAUCAGAACACCGGAAUCGUAUACUUCACGGAUAGUAGUGCUAGAUUUCCAAGACCGUUAUUUCCAUUAAUAAUCGCCACAAGAGAUGACACUGGAAGGCUAUUGAAGUUUGAUCCAAAGACAAAUGCAGUAACCGUUCUCGCAAACAAACUGAUGUUCCCAAAUGGGGUGGCUUUAACCAGAAAUGGAGAAUUCUUGUUAGUCGCGGAAACCACUAAUAACCGAAUAUUGAAAUACAGGCUAAAAAGUUCGGGACCCGGGAACCCGGUUGGGAGGAUCGGAGUAUUCGCGAAAUUACCCGGACAACCGGAUAAUAUCAAUAGGAACAAAGAUGGUGGAUUUUGGGUUGCACUGAUUUCAAGUGUGGUUCCAAAUUACACUGGAUUAGGGUUAGCUGCUAGACUGGAUCGAAAUGGAAAAGUUGUUGAGAUUUUACGGGAUCAAUUUGGAACAAGAUUUAAGGCUGCAAGCGACGUGCUCGAAAACCGUGGAUCUUUGUGGGUGGGUUCUUCAACGGAACCUGCAGUUGUCAGAUUGGCAGCAUAGAAUCUUCUAUAUAUAAACUAUGAUAGUAUAUAAAUAAAGAUACAAUUUGUGUAUUGUAUUUGAUUUGUGGUCUAUAAGGCCAGCCCUAUAUAAUGGCAUUUGAUUUGAAAUAAGAAAUCGAGCAUGCUUUAUGCAUGACACUCUCUUUGUAUCGAAAUAACACUAUGAUCCUGUUAUAAAUUUUAAGGGUAUGAUCUGUU